CUCCCGUGGCAGGUAAAAAACCCAAGCACACUCCGCACAUCGCACACCCAAGCACACACACUCCCUCACUCUCCUCACUCCCCUGCUCCCACCUCCUGCUCGAGGCAGCCCCUUCUUCCACCGGAGCUCUCCCCCGCGCUCUGCUUCGGCCUUCUCCAGCAAACGAUGGAGGCGCCGCUGGUGGUGGCCGCGCUGCUGCUCCUGUCCUCGACCCUCGUCGUCUCCGAUUUCUGCGUGUGCAGGUCGGAGCAGCCGCAGGCGGCGCUGCAGAAGACCAUCGACUACGCGUGCGGGGCGGGGGCGGACUGCAACCUGAUCCACGAGCAGGGGCCGUGCUACAACCCAAACACCGUCGUCGCGCACUGCUCCUGGGCAGCCAACAGCUACUUCCAGAAGAAGAGGUCCAUGGGCGCCACCUGCGACUUUACCGGCACCGCCCUCCUCACCACCACCGACCCAAGUUCUUCAGGCUGCUCCUACCCCUCAAGUGCAAGUGCCGCUGGAACAUCAACGACUCCGACCGGGGCUGGGACUGGAGGCACAACAGGGGGAACCACGGGCACCUUCACGCCGGGUGCCGGCACUAGCACCGGCAUGGGUGGAGCCGGCGUGGGGACGGACACCACCACCGGGGCUACGGGCACCGGGUUCGGCGGCCUGGGUCCAACAGGCACGAGCAACAUGGACACGGCGGCAGCGGGCUUGCAUCCAAAGUCCGGAGCGGCUGCCUUCCUCGCCGUGCUCGUCUCCUUCCUGGCAUUCGCGUGAAGCUCGAUCGCUCGAUCUCGAAUUCGCCCAGCGUAGAAGAAAGAAACCGCUUUGGCAAGCUUGUUGCAGCCUUGCAGGGCUAGUCUGAUCCAAGAAGGUGUCAUCCUGUGAUCCUGUCCAAAAGAAGAAGAAAAAACUUGGUUCCUUCCCGUUUGAUGUCAACGGCAUGCGCAUGGUUAACUGGGUGCCUUUUGUGUCCCUUGAUCCGAUCUCUUGCUCUGUGAUUUGGUAGGAUGUCUGUCGCUUUCAUGCAUGGACCCUUGUCUUCCACCCCCUCUCCUUUUGUCUGAUCCUCUUGUAAUUCUAGGGGAACUACUCUAGCUAGUAGUGGGUUAGUUGUUCAAGGUUGGUUGGAAUGAAAAUGAGAAUGUUGCGAUCGA